AUGGAAACAGGGCAGGGGCAGGACAGACAGGUGACAGUGAUGGCACCAAAAUAUGAUGGCUUAUCUCACUGUAAGCUGGCCCUGGUUUUUGCUGUGCUCACUGAUCUCCUUGGAGCAAUCUCUCUUUUAACGGGGGUCUUUGCAUCACUGGAGAUCCAAGGGCAGGAUUUUGGGGACUUGUUGGUGUACACUGGAGCUCUGCUGGUGCUGAUGUCCCUGGCUGGAUGGGUGAUCUGGUACAGUGGGAACAUAGAAGGUCUCACGUCCCAAAAGGAACUUGGUGGAGCUAUGGGUGGUGCUUUGGACCGCCUUGCCCGCUCACUGAGCCGCAGAAUACGACUUCCAAGAACACGCAGUAAUCUGACGUAA